AUCUGAUCUCACACUUCUUUCCCUGCUCACGUUUCUCAUCCUCUCGCGACAGUUCGUAUUAAAAGUUGAACAGUUUGGUCGUCGCGUGGCGAGUUCAGGAACAGAAGGAAGCCACGUCUCUCUGCGGUGCCUCUACACUUCCUCGGCUGCGUCUCCAAGACGAACGUAACGGUGCUCAUUUUGGGCGAGCUCGACUAUCAGUGACUCGACUCCGUUUGAGCAGAACGCAUCACAGUGAAAACGUUUCGAGCGCGUUACCUAGCUGGGUGUGAUGCACUGGUCCUGCAGAACUAACAUGAAGUUUCUCUGUAUCUUCUAGCUGUGCUUUAACGCAUAUGAAACCCCUCCUCUGCGUGUAUGUAUGUGUGUGUGCGUGUUUUUUCUACUUCUUCGACGUUUUGGGGCGCCUGAGCUCUUAAAAUGAUGUCCCUCUGUGACUUUUUGAAUUGUACGUGAAUGCUUUAAAAGCAAAAGAGAAAGCAGAGAGCUCGUCAGUCUCUCGGUUCUCUAACGGAGGAAAGGGAUUGUUGUGCUUUUUUGUGCUACCAGCAGCCUCCUCUAUGCCGCUUUAAUAGUCUCUGCGGUAGAAUUUUGAGAGCUCAGAAAAGAACAUCUGAACGUAUUGAACAAGAAGAAAAACAACAAGAAAAACAAGAAAAAAAGAAGAAGAAAACAAAAACAUGAAGAAGUUCCGGAAGGUGUUGGACGGUCUAACCACGUCGUCUCCGGCCAGUGCCGGAGGCUCUCCGUCGUGUGGCAGCGCUGCUGGAACUCCCACUGCAGCAGCGAAUCCGCGCGAGAUGGACAUCCACGAGACUCUCAUGGCGGAACACUUACACAUCUGUAAGACUGUGCGUCAUGGCUUUCCCUACCAGCCCACAGCUCUAACGUUCGACCCUGUGCAGAAGAUUUUGGCUAUCGGAUCUCGUACUGGAGGAGUUCGCAUUCUGGGACGGCCAGGAGUAGACUGCUACUGUCAGCAUGAGAGCGGAGCGGCUGUACUUCAACUGCAGUUCCUUAUCAAUGAGGGAGCUUUGGUCACAGCCUGUGCAGACGACACUCUGCACCUCUGGAACCUUCGGCAGAGACGUCCAGCAAUACUUCACUCGCUCAAAUUCAACAGAGAGCGGAUCACCUUUUGUCAUCUCCCGUUCCAGAGUAAAUGGCUUUACGUUGGAACGGAGCGGGGAAACACACACAUCGUCAACGUUGAGUCAUUUAUUUUGUCCGGAUACGUUAUUAUGUGGAACAAGGCCAUAGAACUAUCAACAAAGACACAUCCCGGGCCUGUUGUCCACCUGAGUGACAGCCCAAAGGACGAAGGGAAGCUGCUGAUUGGCUUUGAGAGCGGCACUAUAGUGAUGUGGGACCUGCGAGCCAAAAGAGCUGACUUCCGAAUUUACUAUGAUGAGGCGAUCCACUCUGUUAGUUGGCAUCAUGAAGGACGGCAGUUCAUGUGCAGUCACUCUGAUGGAAGUCUCACCAUGUGGAACCUGAGAAACACAGCCAAACCCUUCCAACUCACCUUCCCUCACGGUAAAUCUCAGAGAGACGGCAGGAAAGAAUCAUGUAAGCCGAUACUCAAGGUGGAGUACAAGACCUGCAGGAACAGUGAGCCUUUUGUCAUCUUCUCUGGAGGUUUAUCAUAUGAUAAAGCAGGCAGAAGGCCCACUCUGACUAUCAUGCAUGGCAAAGCAAUCACAGUGCUGGAAAUGGACCAUCCUAUAGUGGAGUUCCUUGUGCUCUGCGAGACACCUUAUCUCAAUGAAGUGCAGGAGCCAUACGCAGUGGUUGUGCUACUGGAAAAGGACUUCAUCGUGGUUGAUCUUACACAAAGCAAUUUCCCUAUUUUUGAGAACCCCUACCCCAUGGACAUCCACGAGUCUCCUGUUACAUGCACAGCUUAUUUUGCCGACUGUCCCCCCGACAUCAUCCCUGUGCUGUACUCCAUAGGAGCAAAACACAAAAAGACUGGCUACAGCCAUAAGGAGUGGCCGUUGAGCGGUGGCACAUGGACGCUUGGUUCUCAAACAUAUCCAGAGAUUAUUAUUACAGGACAUGCAGACGGAUCGAUAAAGUUUUGGGACGCCACAGCCAUCACACUGCAGAUGCUUUACAAGCUGAAGACAUCGAAGGUGUUUGAGAAGGCGAAGGGCAGUGAAGGGGGCCGGAGUGCAGAGCUGGUGGAAGAGGAUCCCUACGCAGUGCAGAUGGUCAGCUGGUGUCCCCAAAGCCGCAUCUUCUGUGUGGUGGGCAUCAGUGCCCAUGUCAUAUUGUACCGCUUCAGCAAACAUGAUGCCAACACCAUGAUCACGGCUUUGGAAGUGCGUCUUCAGUGUGACACGGAGGAUGUAAUUUCACCAUCAGACACAGAAAAUACAGUGUGUGUAACAGAUGUGGGCACUCACUCACCGCAGCCCCCCAGCCCGCGCAGUAACACUCCAGAUAGUGUGAGAGACAGCAUCCCCUGCCUAAAGGUAAAAGAUCGAAUGAUUUGGAUGCCCCCUGGUUACCAGGCCGAGCUUGUUAUCCAGUUGCUGUGGGUUGAUGGAGAGCCACCUCAGCAAAUCACCAGCCUGGAUUUAAACUCUGCCUAUGGCCUGUUAGCUCUAGGUAACUGUAAUGGUCUGGCAGUGGUGGAUUAUCUGCAGAAGACAGUGAUAGUGUGCAUGAGCACUCUGGAGCUGUAUGGCUCAGCUGACCCCUUCCAACGCCUCACACGUUCCCCUCGCAAGAACCGCCAGUCCACAUCAGACUUUUGCAUGCGUGGCCUGUCUAACUUUUAUUCAGAUUCAAAGAAACGGACCCGUACCUCCUACCAGAGCCUUACCGAACUUUCUGAUAACCAGGUAUCUUUGGACCUGGAAAGAAGCAAAUCACCCACCUCAGUGCCGUACCCCUCCUAUGUACACAACGAGCCUCGUGGCACGGUGGAGCCCGUGUCCAAUCUACGUACCAGCCAUUACAGUCCGGUCUUUUACCUGUUGGACAAUGUAAAGGGACCAGGCAGAAAGUUAAGUCUACCCACUGAUCUUAAGAGUGAUCUUGAUCAUGUGAAUGGACAUUGCACUAGUCCAACUUCGCAGCCAUGCGUGUCUGGGAGGCCCCGUGCUCCAGGGGCCCCUGAGGGGCCUCGUCUCACCCGCCGUGGGCCCGGACGACCGCCAUUCCGCAAGGCCCAGUCAGCCGCAUGCAUGGAGGUCUCUUUGCCUGUAUCCUCCCUCACCGAAGGUUAUCCGUCCAGACGGGCCAUGCUGCAGCAGUUGCAUGGUGUCAGUAUGUACUCACAUGAUGAACACCACGCCACCACCUACUCCUGGAGUGAGAGAGAGAGUCGGGAAAAUUCCUUCAGCCGAUCACGGAGUUCCAGCGUCUCCAGCAUAGACCGGGACACGAAGGAGGCUGUGACUACGCUGCAGUUUGCUGAGUCAUAUGGACACAAGUCAGAUGUACUGCCUACCCCAUGCCUAUGGGUGGGCACCAGCCUUGGCAUUUUUCUGCUACUGCCCUUGUCCAUUUCCACCGAUGAGCAGGAGAGGCUAGAGGAACCUGUCACAGUUACACCCACCAGCACUGUCUUAAUGCUGAAAGGUUCAGUCCUGCGUUUUGGUUUUCUGGACUGCACCGGUGCUUUGAUCCACAGUGCAUAUGAGGUGUGGAGAGAUCCUCAUGGCCCUGAGGACCCUGAUCGACCUCGCAGGAGGAAGUUGGUCAACUUUUCACCCUAUUCCUCACAGGAAGCCAGCAGCGAGGGCCACUUAGUUGUUGUGUGCUCUGAACGCCAAGCCAAGGUCUUCCUCAUGCCCUCGCAGGCCUGCCUGUAUGUGCACAACAUUACAGAGUCAUCAUUCGUGCUGCGUGCUGAUGUGGUGACCGUCUCCAACAGCGUGUGCCUGGCUUGUUUCUGUGCCAACGGACAUAUCAUGAUCCUCAGCCUGCCAAGUUUACGGCCCCUGUUGGAUGUACACUACCUGCCGCUAACAGACAUGCGCAUUGCUAGAACAUUCUGCUUCACCAAUGGUGGUCAGGCCCUCUACUUGAGCUCUCCAACAGAAAUACAGCGCAUUACCUACAGCCAGGAGAUGUCUGAUAAUUUACAGGAGAUGCUAGGGGAGCUUUUCACACCCAUCGAGACCCCUGAGGCACAGAACCGGGGCUUCCUGAAAGGAUUUUUCGGGGGCAACGCACAGACCUUUGACAGAGAAGAGCUUUUUGGUGAGGCAGCAGCAGGGAAGGCUUCUCGAAGUCUGGCCCAGCAUAUACCUGGCCAGGGCAGUGUGGAGGGCAUACGGGUAGCAGCCGGCGGGGCAGUGGGUGAUCUUGCCCGAGCUCGCGUUGCCCUGGAUGAGAGAGGACAGAGAUUAGGAGAACUGGAGGAGAGGACAGCUCUAAUGAUGUCCAGUGCUGAGACGUUCUCCAAACACGCUCAUGAGCUGAUGCUGAAAUGCAAAGACAAGAAGUGGUAUCAGUUUUAAUCGAGUUGGCCUGGAUGAAGGCUAAUUCCACUCGCCAACCACAAGAGGGCACUCCUCUGGAACAUGGACCUUCACUUUUUCGAGAGGUUGAGUGGUGCUUAGGGCUGUUCCUUCUCUCUGGGGCUAUGUAUACAGACUAUACUUCUUAAUCAGACUGGUUUGACAGACUGAAGACAAUAACUGAUGGACAGGUGCGAUUAGUGUUAACAUAGUGUUCCUCCCAUCAUAUGUUUGGAUUAGACCAUCCUUCAUUCAUGUACAGUGGCCAGGGUCUUCUUACGGGAGGAAAAUUGGCUUUUGGUCUGUAGAUAUAUAAAUUAUAAAUAAAUAAAGGAAAAAAAAAAACAAGACUGCAUGAAACAAAAAAUGGAUGACCUAUAAAAACAUUAAAACUGCCAUAUUCAAAAGCAGCAUGUUACUUUAAAAACAAAAGGAUAUAAAAGAAUGACAUACUUUUAUUUAAUAAUAUAAGCCAAUACCAGAAUCCUAUGACAAAAACUUUAUAUUUUUUGAAAUAGCGAUAAAAUAUAAAUAAAAAGGGAAACUGUAUACCUGUAUUGCUAUAAGGCCAAAAUUCUGUUUUUCUUUCUUUUCGAUAUAUUCCAUGAUACUUAUUUUCAAUAAUGUAUUAUUUGAACAGUUCCACCGCUCUGUCUUCAUAUCAGUUGUCCAUGCAACGUGUUCCACCCUUUUGUUCUGAUUACAGACAUGAAAAUCUAUUUAAAAAAACUUAAACACUACAGAACAGACAAAGUGCUACUCACAAACAUUCUUCAAACAUUCUAACACAUGCACUUUCAUGUUACACCACUUUUUUAAAACAAUCCAGUGUUUAUGAAGUAGCUGCUAACACACAUAACCGUCCCUCAAAAUAAGCUUUACUACUUAAUCAAGUUACUUCACCCUCUCCUAGAAAUGUAUGAUGUGGUUUUAGAUGUAUAAGCGAGAAGUAAGCUGUACUGGGCAAUACGUGCUAUGAGUGUAUCUGUGUGGUCUUACUUGAGUGUGUUUCUAUUCAUAAAGCCAAUGUAAUAAUUCAUGUGCCAUAUUCUAGAUGGGUGAAGUAUCUUUCCUGUAAACUAGCGAUGAACUUAUUCUGUCCGUGGUUGAUAUUUUAAGCCGUUACUUGUCAACGAAACUCCUUCGAAGAGUUCUUCUGAUCAUUUGUGUCUGUUUAAGUACAAGACAGUUUCAGAUGUUUGUUCAUUUUAAUUGUGUGGGGUUCAACUUAUAAUUUUCAGCUUGACCUUUUUGGGUCUUUUUUUCUUUUUGGUUUUCUGGACUUUUCUGCUGCCUUGGGUCACAUGUAAUAAAGUCUGGCUUGUCAUGGCAAAUCCAUGAUCGACAGUUUGAAGUUAGAGGAUUGUUUAUUUGUAGCUUCUGAUCUGAAUCAAUAUAAAGUGGCUGAGAGUGAGCCAUUGGGAUACUACAUUACAUGAAUAUCUGUGUUCUUUGAACAGUAUCUUUUAAAUAUAUGUAUGGAGUGUUAUACAGUAUGGAGCAUAAAGAACCUUGCACGAAUUCUGCUCACUGAUAUUAGCCUACAUGUGAGCAAAAUCAUUCUGAAACUUAUUUUAAAUUUAGAAAUCAUGUGUAUUUGGUUUAAUGCUUCUGUUGGCCUAUUGUGCUUAUUGUGUUAACAUUUGGUUAUACUUUUAUUAUGGUUCCAGUAGGUUCCUAUGGUUCCCCAUCCCAUCUCUCUCCAUGUCUUCUGCACUUCCAUUCUGUAUAUAAAAUGGCCAAAGCAUUCAUACAUAUGCUAUGUCCGAGUCAAAAUCAGAUCUAAACAAAAACCAGUAGGACAACGAGUUCAUCUCUGCCAAAGCUGUACACAAAGCAAAACCUGUUGUAAAAAUACUUAAGGACAGUUGAAAAAAAAAAAAAAUGCUAGCAUGGCUAAGAAAUUUAUCAAGGGCAUGAAAGCCAGCAGUUAGGCUUAACUAUCCCUUUAAAAGUUUUUCAAUAUUGGAGUGAACGACUCCAAGCUUAAUAAUAUAUAUACAUUAAUAAUAAUAAUGUAUAAUACAUUAAUGUUAACCUUGUAAACCCACAUGCCCAUGAUAAUAGCCAUGUCACUCUGCACAACCAUUACCACUAAGACUGUCCAUCAUUUCCAGGCUAAAAUAAAGUGCAUAUAUCUGAUAAAGAAUUCUGUUGGUCAGAAUUCUCAAUCGUUAACAUGUUUGUUUUUAACAGCAAAAAAAAAUUACAGGGUGUUAUGUUUCUAUGUUCUCAGCUUUUAUACUAAAAUGUACAGUUGAACCUGAAGAGAGUUGGGAGAAAUGUCAUCCAAUGAACUCAUGCGAUUUCUUCUGUAAAUGUUUUACCUGUUGAAAGAUGGUACUGCGUCUAAAAUUCUGAAUGUAGUUCUGUAGUCCCUCCUCUGUCCCAAACACUGAACCGCUCUUCUCUGCAGGGAACGCGGUGCCGUCCGUCUUGUUUAAAUGGAUACUACCACUUUUCUGUUCUUAUCGAUAUAACAGUAGUAUUAUAGAGGUUACUGGAAUAAAAAAAAAUCAUGAAACAUAUGUUGAUGCUAAUCAAAUUGAAAUAAACAUGGAUUGAUGUACUCAUGGCAAUGUGAGAAUUGUUUCUCACAAAAUAUGUUUUGUUUAAAUGAAAAAUCUAAUUAAAUAUGGAAAAUUUGUGUCA